AUGCCCAACGAGGAGAGCAGCGGGAGCAGCAGCCGGCGGCUGGAGCGGGUGGCCACAGUGGCGCUGCGGGUGCCGGGCCUCGUCCUCCUCGACCUGCUCUACCGCUGGGACGUGCAGACCUUCGCCCAGCUGCUGCAGCCCCGCCGCGCCCCGGAGGCCGCCCUGCCGCGCCCCCAACACCUCUGGCACCUCUACUACGCAGGUCACCUGGUGUGCGUGGUGGUUCUCCUUCUCCCAGUCCGGACCCUCGUGAAGUUGUACCUCUACGUCCUGACGAUGCUGCUGCUGUACGUGGGCCAUCAGACAGCCAGGGACUACAUCCGGAGAGAGAUGGACCAUGAAUUCCUGAGGGCAGUGUACAACGAUCCCGGGGCGCUCAGCCGCUUUGCCACGGUGCUCACAGGGCAGGUCAUCGUAGCCACCCUCUGCGCCCUCCUGCAGAAGACCAGGCGGGUGUGGCUCUUCUCCGGGCCACUCCUCCCCCUGGCGGCCCGGCUGUGCGGCUUCCCGCUGUGGGUGCUGCCCACGGUCAACACCUUCGGGGCCGUCCUCGCCGCCUUGGGGGCGCUCUACGUCGCGGCCUCAUCCCUCUCCGUGCUCUUCCACCUGGCUGCCGCAGCCUGCAGGGAGGUCGUUCAGGCGCUGGAGGUCUACCAGCUGGUCGCACUGGGCAUGGCCCUCUGGAGACGGCUGGCCGUCCCGGUGCUCUUCCUGGUCUUCUGGCUCGCAUUGUUCACCCUGAAGAUCUACGCUUUCUGGGUCUCUUCCGUCUCCCUCCUGUCCCAGCAGGGCCUCCUGUUUGUCCUCCUCAGCAGCGUUGCCGAGUGCUGCAGCACCCCUUACUCCCUCAUCGGGCUCACCUUCACCGUCUCCUACCUGGCCCUGGGCCUGCUGAAGCUUUGCAAGUUCUACCUGGCGGGCUACGGCGCUUUCCAGAAUGGCAACGUGAUGCACAGGGGCGUGACGGAGGGCGUGACCUUGCUGCUGCUGGCCCUCCAGACGGACCUGCUGGACCUGCAGCUCCUCCAGCGGACCUUCCUCCUCAGCAUCAUCCUCUUCAUCGUGGUGACCUCCACCCUGCAGUCCAUGAUUGAGAUAGCCGACCCCAUCGUGCUGGGGCUGGGGGCGUCGCAGAACAGGAGCAUCUGGAAGCACUUCCGGGGGGUCAGCAUGUGCCUCUUCCUCCUGAUCUUCCCGGGCUUCAUGGCCUACAAGAUCGCCCACUUCUUCCACAUGGACUUCUGGCUCCUGAUCCUCGUCUCCAGCUGCAUGCUGACCUCGCUGCAGGUGAUGGGGACCCUCUUCAUCUACACCCUCUUCAUGAUCGAGAUCUUUCAGGAGGCUCCCCUGGAGAAGAUGGACGAGAUCAUCUACUGCGUCAAUGCUGUCAGCCGGGUGCUGGAGUUCCUGGUGGCCGUCUGCGUGGUGGCCUACGGGACCUGGGAGUCUGUCUUCGGGGAGUGGAGCUGGAUGGGAGCCUCCGUCAUCAUCAUCCACUCAUAUUUCAACGUCUGGCUGAGGGCCCAGUCUGGCUGGAGGAGCUUCCUGCUCCGGAGGGAGGCCGCCAAGAAGAUUAACUCGUUGCCGAGGGCCACCCGGGAGCAGCUGCAGGACCACAAUGACGUGUGUGCCAUUUGCUUCCAGGAGAUGACGCUGGCCGUGAUCACCCACUGCGGCCACUUCUUCCACGGCGGCUGCCUCCGGAAAUGGUUCUACGUCCAGGACACCUGCCCCCUGUGCCACCAGGCGAUCAAGCCCCAGGCAGGCGAGGGGAGUCCGGCGAACGGCGGUGGCACAGAAGAGGUGGAGCCUCUGGCAGAGGGGGAGGAGUCCCCCGGCUCCGGGGACGGAGAAUCUGCUGCCUCCAGCUCCGCAGAGAGCGCGAGUUUGGGCGGCACCACGGAGACCGGCGAGUCCGGUCGGACAGAAUGGCAAGAGUUAGCAACCUGCGAUGGAGAGCUGCGUUUGGAUGGCCCUGGAGAGUCAGCCGAGGAGGUGCCUCACUGCGGAACUCUCCAGAAAGAACCGGAAGCGUCUGGCGGAGUGGCGAAUGAUGGCCAUUGUAUGCCUCUCAAGGGAGAGAACUCGCCUGCUCAGGGAAGCUUCGGGAGACAUUCGGGUGCCUCAGGGGCCAGAUCAGGAGAAGAGCUGGCGGUUCUGAGGCGAAGCAUCCCCGAGAGCCAAGCUCACCAGGGCGAGCUGGGAGUACUCAAAAUGCUGGGCUGCACUGGGUCUUCUCUGCCUGUUUCUCCCACUUGCCCAGCUGAAGAAGGUCCAGUGGAGCCUCUGCUGAAGCAAGGAACUGCUGAGUCUCCUGCAGUGGCCAAGGGUGAAACGGAAGUCUUCGGAAGGACCCAGCAAGAAGCCGCUGACGGCCUUCGGCAUCAGGGCCACGCGGAGGACAACGCAAGGCCUUGCCCCUCUUGAUUCUCUUCUCAGCGUUAUCCUUUGCCCCUCUCCCCGAAAUCUAAGUGGCUUUUGGUCCUUCA